AGCUAAGGCUUCUACUAUUUUAAGCGCUUUUUUAAGCACUAGUUAGUGGGACACAGGAUCUUAUACUAACAGCUUAUGUAAAAGUCUAAGACAAAAAUAACUAACUUUCGCUUAGUGGACCCUCAUCUUCAAUAUCUACUAUUAAUCUGUGAUGCCGCGUUUAGAAUCGGCUAAUUAUCUUGAUCAAACGGCGUCGGAUCUGCGUGUCUAGGAGUAGCUGGCCGACGAAUUGUUUACGAUGGGGUGCUUUCAUCGUUAUAUUUGUCCAAGUUGGGACGGGAGCCGCAGUUAUAAUCGUAGUGAGGCUAUAGUGUACCCCACACCGGGCCAUCUGGGAUAUUACUGGUGUAUUCCCCUUUACAACCUCCAAGCCUCAUCGGCUACUUCAACUAGCGUCUGGCAUUACAACAUUCUUACUGCCACAACAUUAAUUUGGGAGCUCCAGAUGACGUGGCAAAAGAGACUCGGCGUCUCGGUCAUAUUCGAUAUGAGUUUGCUUGCUAUGCUUCUCGGCCGCGGCGAGGUUGACGAUGACAUGUGUUCUUUGUUGCCUGUGUGGCUCCUAGGUAUACCGAAGAUUGUUCGAGAGUCAAAACGCUUCCCUGGAUUUAAGAGAGCUUUGGGCAUAACGAUGAAGUCGCAGUCAGCCAAGGCCAUCGACAGGUCGGUGAAUUUUGGCGGGAUAUCCACCACUAUAAGCGCUUAUCCACGACGCAUGUUACUAUUACUCAGAACUCCUGUUCGGCCGUAAAUAUUGGGACUGGCGGCGUGCAUAUUGUUGCGUGGUGUAUGUAGGGGUUUGAAGGCGCAUAUGAGUGAUCGUGGCGCUUCUGCCUCUGAUGGAGAAUGAUUUAGAUCUUGACAUCUCACGGAGUUGAAGUUUAUGGAGUGUUGGUAGGCCAUACAGGGAAGCCCGGGUACCGGUAUUGAUUUCUCUUCGGAUUUGCUGGAAGUAUAGGUGGUUGGUUCGUCGGGGUUCAUUUGGGAUUUGGGGAUAUCUUGUAUAAUGUCUUGUUACGCACAUACGCAAUCGAAUAUUACAGAAUGAUAAAAUUUACCUAUUAUAUUACCUUCUAUAUAUUAAGGGAUACAACGUACCGAACAUACGUUAUUGUAGGUGUAUAUGUAUAAGAGCGGCCACCUACUAUAGUGACGCAUGCGCGAGUGUUAC